CCUCCACCGCUCCUACAGUAAAUAUUUGUGUUUGCCCAGCCGGCUGUAAUGGUGGACGAGUGAGGGGAAGGGAAAACGGAAUACAACUCGAGUGAAGAAAGAGGAAAACGGUCGAAAGUCUGCUUGAAGGUCAGCCGCCGCGAUUAGGACACGGGCUUCGUCGAAAAUGGAUGAACUUAAACAUCAAGUCAUGAUUAACCAGUUCGUCCUGACGGCGGGUUGUGCGGCGGACCAAGCGAAGCAGCUACUGCAGGCGGCACACUGGCAGUUCGAGACUGCCCUCAGUGCCUUUUUCCAAGAAACAAAUAUCCCAUAUGGCCAUCAUCAUCAAAUGAUGUGCACACCAGCCAACACACCAGCGACACCCCCAAAUUUCCCGGACGCCCUGACCAUGUUUUCCCGGCUCAAGGCGUCUGAAAGCUUCAACAGCAGCAGCCCCAUGGCGGCGUCCAUGGCCGCCUCACCUCCACCCCCCCAGGUCGGCGGCUGGGGGGUGUCACCGAACGUACCCAAUGUGCCGCCGCCCCCACAGGGACUCUGGACUCAGGGGCAACCCCCCACACAACCAUGCCCCGCUUGGCCCACGGGCGUCACCCCCCACGCCGGCGCCGAGCAAAAGGCUAGCGUAGCAAUGGAGGCGGAGAGAUGAAGAGUCACAACGGGACUGAACCCCUCCCCUCCGUCCUCUCCGGAUGGUCUGGAUGGAGGGAGGGUGACCAUUUGAUAAUUUGUCUUUUUCCCCCAAACGAACGGACGGACGAGAUGGAAUCUGCGCAAAGCAAGAAAAACUUUGGGUGAACAAUUGAGGAGUAAACCAAUGCAAAUAGAAAAGUAGAAAAACAUAAAAGAUACGCACACACAUAGUAAGUAAUAAGAGUAUGUGAAGGUUUUUUUUCCAUGAGAAAUAUUGAAGAAAUUGGAAAAAGACAACAAAAAAAACAAACGUCUUGCCCAAGGAUUCUAUGUGAUGUUCAACGACAUUCAAGGCAGCAAAUUUGUAGUUUUUUUGUCUCCCCAACACCCACACCCCCACACCUCCAACACUUCUUUUUACUAGCCAGUGUUUUUUUCCCACUGGUCUUCUUGCGUUUCUGUCUGUGCUGCAUGACAAGAGAGGAACUUGCAAUGCAGUCUUUUAGAGUGACUGAAUGAUCGCGCACUAGAGUGUGAGUGUGUGGUGUGUGUGCGUGUGUGUGCGUGUGUGUGCGUGUGUGUGUGUGUGUGGGUAAGCUGGAGAGAGCAGGAUGUUAUCAAAAUGCUUACACACCAAUAUAUUAAAUCUAUAAAUGUAUACGUAAAAACACACAUAAAAACACACAUUAUCACUUAGAGGAAACACCUCCAUAUUGUCAUCCCCAUCGUUAAGGCGGGGGCUUCUUCUUACCUCACCUGGUGGUCACCUGACUUCUUUUUAGCCAAUCAGGGAUUCUUCUUAAACCAACUGUUUCCUCUGACAACACAGGACAUGUUCUUAAAAAUGUUGUGCUUCUCUUAAAAGGCGCUAGCGGCUUUUGGUUCGUGCUAUUUGCGGCUUAUUUUGAAAGCAAGUCUACAACUGUAUACUUUUAUGAGAUUAUGGGUUGUACAAGAAGAAAAAAAAAACAUCACUCAUGGUUUAAUAUAAUGUUUGUAAAUGCUGAUAGUUUUAUUACGUUGGAGGACGUAAGGGAGGUGGUUCUGCUAAAAAAAAACAACAACAAAAAAACAUGACUACUCCAUUUUUGUACACAAAUACACCAUUUUGCAUGAUGUGUCUGUAACAUCUUUUAUAGCAAACAUACAUGAUGUUUCCAAAGCUAAUCAACUCACUUGAAGUCAGAUCAUCUCAGACUGAUGGCAAAUUUGACAGAGCGUCUUGUUGAUUGGUAAGCGCAGGUAAAAAAAAAAAAAAAAAGGGUAA